AUGGAUCCUCAGCAGCCUGUUUUUAGCCUGAUGAAGAGGUUCUGUCCUUGUCUCACCCUGCUGCCGCUGCCAAGUCAGGACUGGAGUAAGAGUGAUGAGAGGCUCCUGCAGGCUGUGGAGCAGAAUGAACCUGACAAAGUCUCCGCUCUCAUCGUCAAAAAAGGUCUCUGUCCCACCAAGCUGGACGCUGAGGGCAAGUCAGCGUUCCACCUCUGUGCAUCCCGAGGCCGGCUAGACUGUCUGGAGGUAAUCAUCUCUCAUGGAGCAGAUCUUAACGUCCCUGAUGGUGCUGGCUUCAGUGCCCUUCACCUCGCAGCCAAAAAUGGCCAGUCAGAGUGUUUAAAGAGACUUUUACAGGAGAGAUUGACAGUAGAUUGCACCGACAGCAUUGGCAGAACACCACUUCAUCAAGCAGCGGUCAGUGGUUGCUUGUCCUGCACUGAGACCCUGUGGGACUUUAAAGCGAAUCUGGAUGUCCAGGACAGUGAUGGGGCCACUCCUCUGAUCUUAGCAGCCCAGAUGAGCAGAGUGGAGCUUUGUGUAUUCCUGUUGGGGCGAGGUGCCAAUGCAAACAUACAAGACAACCAGGGAAGAUCUGCGUUAAUGCUGGCCUGUGAGAGUGACAGUGUUGAAACCGUAGAGGCUCUGCUGAGAGGUGGGGCCAACACACAACUGGUUGACGCCCUUGGACACAAAGCCACCGACUACAGCGUAACCACAGGCAACCAACAUAUCCUACAGAUGUUGCAGGAUGGAGUACCCCCAGCUUCUGAGGGCGCAGGCGAGGAGCCCCCCCAAGUCCCCUCAGGCGCCUCAUCAGUACAAGGGGGGACUACCCCCCGCAAACGGAAAGCUCCUCCACCACCCCGUUCUCCUCUCCAGAUGCAGGAUUUGCCACCUUCUCCGCAGCCCCAGAGUCCUGCUCCCCCUGUCGAGUCCCCCGAGCCCCCGCCCCAGUCUCCUUCUCCUUCUCCCCAGCCUCCAGAAACACAGCAAUCUGCCCAGGCAGAGGAUGAGGAGGUAUUUGAGGAGAUCCGACGGCUCCGUCUGGAGAGAGGCCGUCUGCUCCAGAAGAUCAAAGCCUUGGAGCAGCAGCACCAGAGCGCCUUCUCUGCCCUGGAGGAGUUGUCUCAACUAAAGCAGCGUCUAGAGGAGGCAGAGGCAGAGAGGGACAAGCUGCUGGAGGAGCUGAAGGGAGGACAUGGCAUAGGGGCCAGUGACUCUGAGGACAUGGAUGAAAUGUUGGACUUCCCAGAGAAGCUGCUCUCCAAGCGCUCCAGAGCCUCCCUUGCUCAGGAUGAGACCACUUCUCAAGUGGACAGUGACUCAGCCAGCCCAUCUCCUGCCCCUACAGACCCAGGAACUGUUGCUGAGCUGCGUAAACAAAUAGAGGAACUUACCUCACAGAACUCUGAACUUGUUCUCAAAGUACAGAUGUUGGAGAUGUUUGAGAAGGACGACACAGACAUGCAGACGUCCAGCCCAGACUCUGUCCCCUUAGCUCAGUAUGAGACCUUGAGGAAGGAGUUUGAAGCCCUUCAGGAGCGCUUCUCUCAAACCCAGCCUUCAGAGGAGGCUUCCUGCAUGGCAGAGGAGUGUGGUGUUGACAAGUCAAAGGAAGGCGGUGCAGAUGCAGAGAGUACAGAGGCUUUGAAGGAGAAGCUGCGUGGGUUGGAAGAGCAGCUUGCCUCAUCCCAGUCCGAGCUGGUGGAGCUGAAGGAGCAGAUGCGUCUGGGGGUGCUUUCUGUCGAGUAUGGUGAGGGGGAUACUGCCGUGGCAGGUGCCGGGACUGAAGGCGGGUCUGGGGCUGCAGAGGAGGGUCCGAGUCAGGAGGCACAGCAGCUGAGAGCAAGGGUGAGGGAGCUGGAGGAGGGGCUUGCUAAGAGACAGGGCGAGGAACGAGGUCAGAGCAGCCAGGACAGUGACACAAUCAAACAGCUGACAGAGAAAGUAGAAGAACUCCAGGCUGCUCUGAUUCAGAAGGAAUCUAUGAAAGAAGAGGAGGAGAAAGAAGGCGAAGAGAGGGAAAUAGUGAAGUGCCUUCGUGACAAAGUGGCUGAGUUGGAGGCAGCCCUGGCAGAGAGCAGGAUAUCAGUGAAAGAAGGAGGAGCAGUGAGAGAUGGAGAUCAGGUCCGUCGUCUCCAGGAGCGUUUGGGAGAACUAGAGGGGGAGCUGAGGAAGUGUGUGCCCCGCUCGGAGUUGGAGGAGGUGCAGGUUACUCUGGGGCUUCAAUGUGAGCAGCUGGCCAGGGAGAGGGCAGAUGUGGCCAGAAGGCUCAAUGAUGCCCUCCUGGAGCUGGAGAGACUCAGGCCUCCUCCACGUGGCGAUGAUGAGGAGGAAGAAGAAGAGGAGGAGCACUCAGAAAGCUCAGAGCCCUCAGUCAUGUCAGAGCACUCCAGACGCACCUUGGCAGCAGUGAGAGAAGAACUGGAAGUUGCCAGACAAGAAGCAGCCCAGGCUCUGGAUUGUCUGUGCGCAGAGCGGGAGGGCCGGGCACAGGACGCCCUGCAGCUAAAAGAUGUGGUGCCGCUCUCAAAACACAAGGAGGCGCUGUCGGCAGUAUCAGAACAGCUAGCUCAGACACUGCAGGAGCUCCAGGAGGAGAGGACCCUUCGUAGCCAUGCUGAGGAGCAGGCUGCUGCACUAGAGACUAAACUGCAUUCCUUGCAGGAUGCCAUACCGAAAGAGGAGCAUGAGAAGAUCAAGGCAGAGCUCCAGCACUCCCUGCAGGCCAGUGAGAGCAGUGCAGCAGCAGCACAGGACGCUCUGACUGAGAAGGAGAUGGAGCUGAGAGAGCUGAAGUCUCAGAAGGCUGCAGAACAGGGUCUGAUCUCUAAGGAGGACCACGAGGCCCUGCGGCUCUCUUUGCAGGCUGAGAUCAACGCCAUCACGGCUCGUUUCAAUGAUCUGACCCGCAAACAUGAAAAGACCUGCACCGAGGUGUUCCAGGUGCAGAGGGAGGCUCUCUUUAACAAGAGUGAGCGACAGGUCGCGGAGUCCCAACUGGCCACAGUGCAGCAGCAGCUUGCUGAACUACAGGCGCAAUCCAGUCACAUCCAGGAACUCCAUAAAGACAUCCAGGAAUCCCAGGGCUUGGUCAAGGAGAAGGAUCGCAAGAUAACAGAGCUGUCCAAGGAGGUGUUCCGGCUAAAGGAGGCCUUGGGAGCUCUUUCACCUCCUCUCGGCAUCACAUCCUCCUCCUCAUCCACCCAUCAUGGUAACCCUGGGCAGCAAAUGGCACUGCAGAACAGGAUCUCGAUACUUACCCAGCAGCUCCAGGACUGGGAGCGAAAGCACAAACAGGUAGUGGCUGUAUAUCGUUCCCAUUUACUGGCAGCUGUACAGGGCAGAAUGGAUGAAGAGGUGCAGGGUCUCCUACUCCAAAUCCUGAGAAUGACACAGCAGUGACACUGAACCUUAAAACAUCGAGGAUUCUCUCUACACCUCCAGUCCCUCUACUGGUCGGAACAAAGUGGCUCCUGGACAGCAACCUGUGGGACCAGUAUCAUAAAGAUCCCAUCUAGAAAGCCAAAAACAACAGAUCUGUGAUCAGAUAUAGCUGCAUGCGUACAAUACAGUAACCUAAACAACAGCCUUAAGGAUUGACUGAUAACCAAGCAGUGAAAAACCAGAACUGUGGAGUGCCUUCAUUACAUGUCAGGGUUUUGUGGUGGCAGACAGUGAAUGUAGAU